AUGCCGACAACGAUCGAGCGCCAAAGCGUCGCCCUACCAUUGGACGUUGCCUCCGCCACAGAACUCUCCAAAUCCUUCCUCGUACCGCUCGGCUCGCGCUCCUACAGCAAACAGUAUGCGCAGCUGUACGACUAUCGUCUCGCCUACCUCAAGAAACGCAUCCUCCCACGCGCAAAAUCAAGAUGGGUCGACAACUUUGACUCCUUUUCGCAGUCGCAGUCGCAGCCUCUGUCGCAGCUGGAUACAUCCGACGCUGAUGCUGGUCCUUCCAGUGCAAAUUCGAGGGUAAGGAUGCAAGACCCGCCCAAACUCGUCGACCGCAUCCUAGAUGUGCGCCAGGGGGACAUCUGCUACGUGGUCGGCAAUGUAUACUGUGCCAUGCCGCUCAAACCGGAUGUGCUGGAGGAUCUGACAAGAGAACAGUGGCUGGCGCCACAACCCGUUCGAUCCAAGUUCGUCGACUUUGCCAAAGACGAGCUAUUCAUCGAAGACCAGUCCGGUCGCGUUAAGCUGGUUGGGGACGCUAUUCUUGGUGGCACUGCUCUGCGUUCGAUGCUCAUUACUGGUGUAGUCGCUGCCGUGCUCGGUACAGAAACGCGUGCUGGUGACUUUGACGUUGUCGAUGCCGUCUUCGCCUCUUUACCGCCUGCGCCGCCCAGCAAAUCUUUGACGAAGACCGAAAACGGAACAACAUCAAAGCGUGAAACUGCAUCUGAGGAUCAGUGGGUGGUGCUCAUGAGCGGACUCGCUCUUGGAGGUGAUUCGGCGCUCGAAUCGGAGCUAUCGAUGCAGCUCUUGGUCGAAUAUCUCACGGGCGAACUAGGAGAGGACGCUGAUCGCGUGUCGUCGGCCAACAUCGUAGCAGCCGUCAUCGCUGGUAACUCGCUAGCCCCGCCUACGCGCAACGAAGAGGAAGACAAACCCAAGCGGUACGGCCAAGAUCAACCUACAUACUCGUCUGCACCGACGCUGGCCCUGGACCAGCUGCUCACCGACCUGUGCUCAUCGAUGCCCGUCCACCUGCUGCCCGGCGAGCGCGAUCCAGCCUCGGUGGCGGUCCCCCAGCAACCCAUCCAUUUUGCACUCCUGCCGCGCUCCGGUCGGUUCGACUCGUUGCAGCGUCACACCAACCCAGCGUGGAUCCCGCUUGGCGAGCGCAAGCUGCUCUGCACAUCAGGCCAAAACAUUGACGAUAUCUUCAAGUACGUCGACGAGACCGACGAAGCGCGUGUCGAGAUGGCUAUGCGCACGCUCGAGUGGGGGCAUGUGGCGCCGACCGCACCCGAUACGCUGUGGUGCUACCCGUUCAAGUCGUCGGAUCCAUUUGUGCUCAAGCAUCGCCCGGAUAUAAUGGUGGUCGGCAAUCAGCCUGCGUACGCCAGUGCAGUGUACAACUUUGACGACGAUGAAGGGGAAGAUACUCAGAAGGAGGAGCAGGGAACGGGUUGCAGGGUGGUGCUGGUGCCCGAGUUUGCAAGGACGAAGGAGGUGGUGCUGGUGAAUCUCUCGUCACUCGAGACGAAGCUCGUUUGUAUUGAGACGCCACUAUGA